AUGGUUGCGCCCACCACAAUCGCUCGCGUGUUCAGCGAGGUGUCGUUUUCAAACGCAUCCACACGCAUCACCUCGUCCGCUGUGGCGCUCUCCGCCGAGUAUAUCCGGCUCUUUGUGCGGGAGGCCAUCUUGCGGGCCAACGCACAGAGACUCGAGGAGGCGGCGCCCACGGAGGUGGACGGCAUUGACAACGUGACGGCGGCCGCGGCGCCGCCCGCCGAUUACGGCGACGGCUCCGACGCUUCGGACGACGAGGGCGUGGCGCUGCCGGUGCCCACGCAGUUGCCGCCCGCCACCGACUCGAGCGACACGCUCACCACGCGCCACUUGGCCGCGGUCAGCGGGCUCCUCGUGGUGGACUUCUAG